UCAAAUAGAACGGUCGCGAGUAGGUUAGAUCGCAUCAUUUAAUCAAACAUUUUUUUAUUACUAAGAAAUCGUACAAUCAUGCUUGAUUUAUUUACUAUAUUUAGUAAAGGUGGUAUUGUGUUAUGGUGUUUCCAAAAUACCACGCAAAUGUUUGCUCCUAGCGUUAACGCGCUAAUUCGAAGUGUCAUAUUGCAAGAACGUUCGGGAAGUCAUACUUUUGAAUACGAUUCCUUACGUUUACAGUACAAACUUGAUAAUGAGUUUGAAUUAGUGUUUGUUGUUGCAUAUCAAAAAAUACUGCAAUUGUCAUAUGUAGAUAAAUUUUUAAAUGACAUUCAUUUAGAAUUUAGAGAUAGAUUCAAAAAUGAAUUGAAAAACUCUAAGUGGUUUUAUAAUUAUGAAUUUCAAAGUGAUUAUGAGCAUGUUCUUGCUGUGGCUGAACAAUGGGCACAGACUCAAGCUAAAAUACCUAAACAAAUGCGUACCUUCGAUAAAAGUCAAAAAUCAAAAAAGACUAUUGCUAGUAUGAUUGAACGGAAAGAUGAUAAAGAUAAUAAAAAACAGGUGAAGAUUCAAGAGGUUUCAAAACUGGAUUUUCCAAACAAUCAAGUAAAUCAUAAUGGGGAAAUAAAUGAAAAAGUUUUAAUGGCAAAUCGCAUGAAAUUGGUUCAAAAAUUGAAUCAAAAGAAGAAAGUUGAUAAGCAGAAAAGUAAAAAAUCAGAGAAAGCUGGCAAGAAACCUCGUGUGUGGGAAUUAAGUGGGACCAUCAAAGAUCUUGCUGCUUUAGAACGCACCAAAGAUAAACCAGAAGAAAGUGGUGACUAUGUGCCAGCUGAUAAAACAUUAGUAGGGCAGAUGAAAGGUGGAAUUCGUGAUAUAGUAGUUGAACACGAUUCUGAGGAUGAUGAGUCUGAUGAAGAAAUGGAGAAUUCUAAACCACAAGUACAAAAGAAAACCAAUAGCAUGUUUUCAAUGUUCAAGAGUUUGGUUGGCAACAAAUGUUUGAAACACGAAGAUAUGGUUUCAGUUCUAGAUAAAUUAAAGGAUCAUUUGAUUUCGAAAAACGUGGCAGCUGAUAUUGCUCAAAAAUUAUGCGAGUCUGUUGGUGUGAAACUCGAAGGAAAAGUACUCGGUACAUUCGAUAGUAUAACCACUACAGUGAAGAAUACAUUGAUCGAUGCGUUGGUGCAAAUAUUGUCUCCAAAAAGACGCGUGGAUAUUCUACGAGACGCAAUGGAAGCAAAGAAAAAUAGUAGACCUUAUGUUAUGACAUUUUGUGGCGUAAAUGGGGUGGGAAAAUCAACAAAUCUGGCGAAAAUUUGUUUCUGGCUCAUAGAGAAUAAUUUCCGUGUUCUUAUUGCAGCAUGUGAUACAUUUAGAGCUGGUGCAGUAGAACAACUGAGAACGCAUAUGCGUCAUUUGAAUGCGCUUCACCCACCGGAGAAACAUGGCAAUCAAUCUAUGGUUCAAUUAUACGAAAAAGGUUAUGGAAAAGAUGCUGCUGGUAUUGCCAUGGAAGCGAUCCGUUUUGCCAAGGAUUCGAAAAUCGAUGUGGUUCUAGUGGAUACUGCAGGCAGAAUGCAAGAUAACGAACCGUUAAUGAGAGCCUUGGCUAAAUUGAUCAAAGUAAACGAGCCAGAUUUAGUACUUUUUGUUGGUGAAGCUCUUGUUGGAAACGAGGCUGUCGAUCAAUUGGUAAAAUUCAAUCAAGCACUAGCCGAUCAUAGUCAAUCUAGCAAUCCUCAUAUCAUUGAUGGCAUUGUGUUAACUAAAUUUGAUACAAUCGAUGACAAGGUAGGCGCAGCGAUUUCCAUGACAUAUAUUACCGGACAACCUAUCGUUUUUGUUGGAACAGGACAAACAUACACAGACCUAAAAUCAUUAAACGCGAAAGCCGUGGUACACGCUCUAAUGAAGUAAUCGCUGCUUUGAAUAACGAAAGACAACAUUGAACUUAUUACAUGAAAGCAAAAAUACAUAAUUAAGAUUUUAAUGGAUUGUUAUCGACAAAUUCAGGGAAUGAAUUAUCACUGUUAUUAUCAUUAUUAUUAUAAUUAUAUAUAAAAAGAAUUAGCAAGAAUAAUAUAUUAUCAUCUUUAAAGAUGUAUUAUACCUGAUCAUUUUUGAUCAAUCGAUAUUGCUGUUACAAUAAUUCUUUUAAUACGCUAGACGAUCCGGUAAAUACUGCUGUGGAAUUCCUAGAAAC